GCGCCGCCGUCCCGUCGCCCAUGAGCUCCAUGAACCCCAUGAAACCGUCGCUGCCGCCCACGCCGCACGGUGAUGGUUCAUUUGCAUACGAGGCAGUUCCUUGGCAACCGAGCACGAACCAGCCGGCAGGAUCCCUUUCCGUGGUAACCACCGUGUGGGGCGUCAGCAACACCUCGCAGAGCCAGGUGCUGGGCAGUGCCAUGGGCCCCGGCGGCACCGGCUCCAGCGCGGCGCCGCUGCUGCCCGGCAUGGCCGGCGCCGCCUCGGGCAUGAACUCGCCGCCGUUCCUGGGCCAGCAGCCGUUCGCCGAGGGGGCUCCCGCCAAGGGCUACGUGCAGCAGAGCGUCUACGGCCGCGGCGCCUACGGCUACGCGCCACAGCAGUACCUGCAGGGCGGGCAGUACCCCGGCGCGCAGUACGCGCCCGCCGCCGCGCCGCCCGCCGCGCCCUCCCCGUCCUACCCCGGCCACAGGAUGCAGCAGGGCAUGGGGCAGUACCUGGCCGCCUCCGGCAACGCCGGGCCCUAUUACAAGCCUGCCGAGCAGUUCAACGGGCAGAGCGGCAACUUCAGCACGUACAGCCAGGCUGCGGUGAACGGGCCGGCCAGGUCGAUGCCCGGCUACCCCAGCUCGCCGCUGCCCGGGAACCCCACGCCGCCCAUGACGCCGGGCAGCAGCAUGCCGCCCUACAUGUCGCCCGGCCAGGACGUCAAGUCGCCCUUCCUGCCCGACAUCAAGCCCAGCAUCAAUUCCCUGCACCCGUCACCCUCGGGCGCGCCGGCGGGCGAGGAGCUGCGCCUGACGUUCCCGGUGCGCGACGGCGUCGUGCUCGAGCCCUUCCGCCUGCAGCACAACCUGGCCGUGAGCAACCACGUCUUCCAGCUGCGCGACUCCGUCUACAAGACCCUCAUGAUGAGGCCCGACCUGGAGCUGCAGUUCAAGUGCUACCACCACGAGGACCGGCAGAUGAACACCAACUGGCCGGCGUCGGUGCAGGUGAGCGUCAACGCGACACCGCUCACCAUCGAGCGCGGCGACAACAAGACCUCGCACAAGCCGCUCUACCUGAAGCACGUGUGCCAGCCGGGCAGGAACACCAUCCAGAUCACGGUCACCGCCUGCUGCUGCUCGCACCUCUUCGUGCUGCAGCUGGUGCACCGGCCCUCGGUGCGCUCCGUGCUGCAGGGCCUCAUCAAGAAGCGCCUGCUGCCCGCCGAGCACUGCAUCACCAAAAUCAAGCGUAACUUCAGCAGCGGCACCAUCCCCGGCACGCCGGGGCCCAACGGCGAGGACGGCGUGGAGCAGACGGCCAUCAAGGUGUCCCUCAAGUGUCCCAUCACCUUCCGGAGGAUCCAGCUCCCGGCGCGGGGCCACGACUGCCGCCACAUACAGUGCUUCGACCUGGAGUCCUACCUGCAGCUCAACUGCGAGCGGGGCACGUGGCGGUGCCCCGUGUGCAAUAAGACGGCCCUGCUGGAGGGCCUCGAGGUGGACCAGUACAUGCUGGGCAUCCUCAUCUACAUCCAGAACUCCGACUACGAGGAGAUCACCAUCGACCCCACAUGCAGCUGGAAGCCGGUGCCCAUCAAGCCCGACCUCCACGUCAAGGAGGAGCCCGACGGGCCGGUGCUCAAGCGCUGCCGCACCAUGAGCCCCACGCACAUGGUGCUGCCCAACAUCAUGGAGAUGAUCGCGGCGCUGGGCCCCGGCUCGGCGCCCUUCCCGCCGCUGCCUCCGCCGCCCGCCGGCGCCGACUACGGCGCCCAGGGUUCCAGCUUCGCGGGCGCCGGCAGCUUCCCGGAGUCCUUCCCCGGCGGCCCGGCGGCGCUGAGCGAGUUCACGCCGGGGCCGCCCCCCAUCUCCUACCAGUCGGACAUUCCCAGCAGCCUCCUGCCCCCCGAAAAGCCGCCCGGACAGCUCCCCGCGCCCGGCCGCAUGGAGCCGCCGCACGCGGCGCCGGUGCCGCUGGAUUUAGCAGCCAGUCUGCACCCCGAUUCCGCUAACUCCUUCUCUCUCUCUUUGCAGCUGUUUGCAGACAAGGUCCCAAAGACAGCAGAAAACUUCCGUGCUCUGAGCACUGGCGAGAAAGGAUUUGGCUACAAGGGAUCCUGCUUCCACAGAAUCAUUCCUGGGUUCAUGUGCCAGGGCGGCGACUUCACGCGCCACAACGGAACCGGCGGCAAGUCCAUCUACGGGGAGAAGUUCCCUGAUGAGAACUUCAUCCUGAAGCACACGGGCCCCGGCAUCUUGUCCAUGGCCAACGCCGGCCCCAACACGAACGGAUCCCAGUUCUUCAUCUGCACUGCCAAGACCGAGUGGUUGGAUGGCAAGCACGUCGUCUUCGGCCGCGUCAAGGAGGGCAUGAACGUGGUGGAGGCCAUGGAGCGCUGCGGCUCUAAAGACGGCAAGACGAGCAAGAAGAUCACCAUUUCCGACUGUGGGCAGCUCUCGUAAAGAAAAAAAAAUCAGAGAAAACGAAAACCCGUUGUCUUAAUGACCAACCAUUCCUUCUGUAGCCCGGGCUCGCGCGGCCCCUGUAAUCCUUGUGCUCCUGACUUAACUGCUGCGUUUCUAUUGGGUUGCGUCCCCCCACGUUCACGGUCUAGCGGGACUGCAGAGUUUGACGUUGAUGAGUCUAAAUAAAAACGAGUUAAACCACA